AUGAACAUGAGUAUCAGAAGACAACGAGGAGAGGAAUCAGCAUCAUGUCUGUGCAAGGGAACUUCUCAAUCUAUUCCUCAGGAGUCAACAAUACAGACAGUAAUCAAAGACAGCCAGUCAAGGGAGGGGGUCCAGAACAUACAGCAGCUACUUAACAGAUGCCUGUUAAACAUAUCAGUGACUGCAUUUGGAGAGCUACUGGGGAUCUCUUUUUCUGAGCUCUCAAUGGCAAACGAUUCACAUGCUGAAUCUUACCUGUGCCAAACGUCCACUACAAGCGUAGUCCUGCCCAUUAUCUACACCAUUAUGUCUAUCACUGGCCUGCCAGGGAAUGCUAUUUCUCUCUGGGUGUUCAUGCGCAAAAUUGCGGUCAAAACGUCUACUCACAUAUACCUGAUAAAUCUAGGAAUCUCAAACUUGCUACUCUGCCUCACCAUGCCAUUCCAGGCCAUAUACUACUCACUUGGGACCAAAUGGCACCAGCACAACACCAUGUGCCAGAUGGCAAUAAAUGGUCUAACUCCAGUGAUCCACAUCAAUAUCUGCAUUGGCGUGAUGAUAUUGAGCUGGGUGGCACUCAGUCGCUUCGCCUCAUUGAUUCAACAUUCCCAUGCUGACCGUCCAAGCCGGUGGCUAAAAAUUAUACCAGGUGCCUUCCUCUGUCGAAAACGACAAGUGAAACUGGCCUAUGCUCUGUGCCUGGUCACCUGGACCAUCGUAACCAUAGUGGUCAUUUCCUUUGUGGUGCUGUACUCGAUCAGUGUGAAAGAGAGCAAUGAAACGUGUUACAGCAUAGCAGUGGAGGUUGGUGGGGAAGGAUCUCACGUCUUCGCAUUAGUGGCUGUUUCAAUGUUCUUUGUCUUCUUCCUGUUGGUCUUAUGCACUUACAUGGCCGUGAUCAGGCACAUCUGGAGGUCCAGAAGAAGCACAGUCAUUUCAGACAACCAGCGAGUAUAUGCAAGAGUGUUUCGGAAUAUUAUUGUCAUUAUGGUGGUGCUGGUGGUCUGUCUCCUGCCGCACCACAUUUAUAAAGCAAUCUUCAUUCAUAUCAUAAACGAGCAGUCUGGGUCUGCAUCACCACCAAAUGACGCUUGUCAUCCACUAUCCAUGUAUGUGGAGUUGAAGAACAUCCUGCUCUGUUUAGCAACUCUGCGGUGUAGCACAGACCCCAUCAUGUACUUCCUGCUGGACAAGAUGUUUCGUAACCAUGCGCUUAGCCUGCUGAGAUUACACGUUAGUGCAAAAGACAGUCAGUCAUCAAAGUCUAAUAUGGGACCGUUAUCUCUGGUAACAAGUGGGUGUCUUUAGACAUUACUUGAGUAGAUACUAUACACGGACAUAAAGGAGUCUCACUGUGAGCGGUGAUCCCUAAAUAUUUAGCUCUGGUUCAGGGAGAAACUGACACAAAUCAGACUUGUGCUUCCGCUCCCACACUGGUUUGAAUCACUGGAGUACUUUAUGUAGCUUUAAAGACAUAGUUUAUCAAUCUCAGACUUUCCUUUUCUGUUCAAAAUAUUUAGUUCUUACUUAACUGGAGUCAUUAAUUGAGAAAAAUGAUAUCUGUGAAGUAUUUAAUCAGGUUUUAAAAAUCACCAUAGUACAGAAAUAGUGAUUUUUUUUGCCAAUGGAUGCUAGUAAUGUGAUGAUACUUUUGCUUUUAGAUCUAAUGGCAAUGUUUCAUACAACUGAUCUCCCGUCUUGAAACGUGCUGGCAUUUCUGGAAAUGCCAUAAAUUGUAUUAAGUUGUACCUUUUAAAUAGAAGUUUUGCUGUUCGUAUGGGGAAGUGUACAUCAGCUUCAGCACUUUUAUGAUGUGGCAUUCCUCAAGGUUCUGUUUUAGCACCACUUUGCUUUUCUCUUUAUAUGCUCCAGCUAGGUCCGAUUUGGAAUAAAUACAAUGUGUCAUUUCAUUGCUAUGCAGACGAUAUGCAAUUGUAUGUACCAUUCAAACCAAAUGACUCCACCACCUAGGAAAAAUUGUUGACCUGUUUUAAUUAAGUCAAAGCAUGGUUGUCUACAAAUUUUUGGAACCUAAAUGAAUCGAAAACAGAAUUGAUUCUCUUUGGUCCUUCUGAACCUGGAGACACAGUGUGAUUUACGAUAGCAAGCUAAAAUUUUACAAAAAGGUAAAGUAAAUCGUCAGAAUGAGAUUUUUCAAAUUGAAUUAGAUCUUAAGCCUUUUUUAUUAUUCAUGCGUUUAUCUUUUCGAGACUACAUUACUGCAACUCAUUAUAUUAUGGUGCGCCAAAUCAAAUUUUAGAUAGAUUGCAGAUGGUCCAAAAUGCAGCUGCAAGAAUGGUCACAGGCACUUGUAAAUUAGAUCAUAUAACCCGGUGUUAAGAUAAUUGCAUUGGUUGCUGGUUCCUUUUGGAGGAUUAAUUUUAAAAUCCUAUUUCUUAUUUUUAAACCUCUAUGGUAUAGCUCUAUCGUAUAUUUCAGAUCCAAUUCAGGAACAAAAGCCAACGGAAAUCUUAUGAUCUCAGUCACAGAAACUUCUAGUUGUCCCUCAGUCAAAAAUGAAAUCUAGAGGGGAUUGCACCUUUGCAGUCGCGCCUCUAAACUAUGGAACAGCUUGCGCUAUAUAUUAGGGAUGUACCAACACUUGAGUUUAAAAAACCUUUUUUAUGGUAGCGUUCGAUCAGAGAUAUGUGUGAAGGUUGCUAAAGGGUUAAAUAAGUAUUUUUGUCCUUAUUUAGGAUAUAUUUAGCCUUUUAUAUAUAUAUAUGUUUUUUUUUUGUAGAUAUUUGGUUAUGGUUUUUAAAUGUUUUCCCUUCCUAUUUAUGUUUUUGUUUGUACAGCACUAUAGUCAACUCUGUGGUUUCACUCAGCGCUUGAGAAAUCAUUUUGAAAUCUGAUUUUACGACACCAAGACCUGAAAUUUCUGUCAUCAUUUUUGUCAAUCUAAACAUUAAUGGCUUUCCCUCUUCUUUUGUCUCAGUGGUUUUUUUUUUUUUUGUCAAUAAAGUCAGCAUGAAAUGGAAAUUCACAAAUUCUCCAAUCAUUUAUUCCACCUAAAACCUCUCUUUCUUACAACUGACAAGAAACUUGCAGUCAGUUUGCAUCCAAUCACAAACCAACUAUUUGAACUAAGUACCUGUAAUAAAUUUUUCCUUCUUUGAUCAGAUUUUUCAUUUGGAUGUAUUUUUUUGCUACUUAUGUUUCAUCACAACUUCAGAAAGUCAUACACAUUUGGAAUGACAUGGGGGUAAAUUAUAACAGAAUGAAAAAAUAUAUUUUUUUGAACUACAGUGUACCUUUGACGUGUUUUUUCACAUAUUUACAGCAUGCCACAUUUUUACUUUUAAAUAUUGUACUGACAUGUCAGGCUGUUUUUCAAACAUAUGUUACUGUUACAGGUCGUUGUACAUGCAGGACAGCUUGUUUCCUUUUUUGUUACAUUACAUUUACUCACUUUCCUGUUUCUAUUCGCAUGCUGGUUACUGUGGUAAAUGUAAUGGCCUUAUAAUUUCUGUACUAGCUUUGUUAACAAGAGUGCUUGCAAAUGGUGCUUUUACUUUUCUGCAGCACACUUAUAUGUCACAGGUAAAGAUGCAUGAUGGAGUAGGUAUCCAUCUAUGUUUCUAAUGACAGCAGCAUUAAAGGCCAUUACUGUACAGACAGUAAAUGUUAGAGUCUAUCAGGAGCUUCAACGUCUGCAUCCAUAUUCCUAUAAAAUAGCAAGAUUAUAGUUACCUAUAUUGUCAAAAUGGCCUGAUACUUCAAAGAAUCCAUGAUGUCCUUCAUACAGUCAUGUCUCAACAUGAAGGUCAUACUUGUCUAGUGUUCUUCUUACACACUGCAUUGAAAUGGUUUUCCUCCUUUCAUCGGGUCACCUUGCAAGUAUUUGGCUGUACAUUGCAGGUUCUUCUCAGUUGCUCUGAUUAAACAUUUUAUGAUAUUGUGCUUUUUCUUCAGCACCCUCAAAGGUUUUCUGGUAAAACACACUUAGGAACACUUAAGUUUAGGAAUAAGGCUGAGAGCUGUGUCUCUAGGAUCUUUCAAUGUCUUGGAAAUCUUCAUAUAGCCUUAGACUUUCUAAAGUAGUACAAUAUGUAUUCUCUUUAGCUUUUGUGAGAUCUCUGUUGACAUUUUUGCUACUAAACUGUAUGUGUAACAGCUCAAGCUAAUUCUGUUUUUGGUAACACUUUAGAAUAAGGUUUGAUUAGUUAAUGUUAGUUAACUACUUUCGUUAACAUGAACUAAGCAAGAACAAUCCUUCUACAGCAUUUAUAAGUCUUAGUUCAUGUUAAUUUCAACAUUUACUAAUGCAUUAUUUAAAUCAAAAGUUGUGCUUGUUAACAAUAGUUAAUGCACUGUGAAUUACCAUGAACUAACAAUGAAUAACUGUAUUUUCAUUAACUAACAUUAACGCAGAUUAAUAAAUACAGUAAUAAAUGUAUUAUUCAUUUGUUCUUGUUAAUUAAUACAUUAACUAACAUUAACUAAUGGAACCUUAUUCUAAAGUGUUACCCUGUUUUUAAUAGAGUUUCUAAAGGCUUGUGUUUUGAGACUGUUUUAAUUCCCCACCAUGCAAAUAAGUGAUUUAAAAACAGCAAGGUUGAAUAGGUGUUGAAUAAUUGAGACAUAGCAGUAUUAUUAAAAAAUCUUAUGACUCAACAAUAUUACAUUAUAUAUUGACAAUAUCACUUUUAAUAUGCCAACGAACUGUUAUAGAUGCAAUUUUUUUUAAACCUGGAUCUUCAGAAAAGCUUGUAUUUUUGAAGUACUGCAGUCUCUGAGGGGUUGAGUAAUUUUGAUUGCAACUGUAGCUAGCUCUAUAAAGCCAUUUUGUCAGAAUAUAGUCAGUGAUAUAAAAGGCAAAGCUUAGUCUCAUUGUAUCCAGACAGAAAACUUAAAAGCUAAAAGGAAACCAUUUGCUUUGUGUAGUAUCAAAUUAAUGGUGCAUAUACUAAACUUACAAAGCAGUUCACAAAGAUCAAUGGUAAAUAUGAGUAUUAUAAAUGGUGAUGGUAGAUUUGCAUUUCAGAGGCAUCACACACUGAAGUUGCAAAUACCUAAUUUUCUCUUUCAAAUCACAUAUAUAGUAUAAAGCCAGAUACAUACAUAAGUAAAGUAACACAAGUAAAAUCUACAGUGCUGAUACUGCUCAUUACACACUUUGUCUAAAUUUUCACCAAAGUUUGUGUUUGCAUUUAUUGAUGACAGUUCAGUGAUACACAGAAUGUAAUUAUUAAUUAAACCAGCGAUUGUUAUGUCUGAUCAAUGGCAAAUAUUAUUGGUAGUGAAACAUAUUUUGAGCUGUAAAAAUAAAUGUAGCAACAUUUUAUUUUCAUGUUUAACUUUUUUAAUUGUCACAUUUAUUUUUGAAGUGUUGUUGCUGUAUAUGUUUGAGGUUUGUAUUCAAAUACUGUAAAUAAAGAUUUCUUAAAAAAAAAAAGAAACCUAUAUAUUAAUAUAAGUAAACCAAAUGUCCUGGCUUGAUAAUAAAUUGCAUUAGCAUAGCAGAAUAUAUGAAGAUUAUUUCCUGUAAACAUCGGCGAUUUUUGGGAGACAUGUUUUCUAUAGUUCUGUAGUUAUAGGUUGAGUUAUAGGUUAGUUCAGCUUUUAAGCAAUUGUCAGCACUUUAUAUUAGUUUCCCUUCUACCGACAGCUGAAGGAUAUUCAUGAGAAAUUGGCGCAGUUUACUCUUGCAGUGUGAUGGUAGGCUUGCACCAUAUGAUAGAAGGUGUAAGUUGCAAAAGUGUGAAAACUGCUAAGACAUGUAAACGUGUAAAAAAAAAAAAAAAAAAGUUUUUUUCAUGUUUGGUUGAAGUAUACAAGAUUUCUGGGAAAUGUGUUUGCUGCGUUCUCUUCAAAAUAUGUCCAAGAAAUUUACACACUGGUCUGUUAUUGUUGGGACAUUUCCACGGCCCUAAACAUGAUGUGGUACAAAACGAAACAUGAUUAGUUACUUUACCUGUCAGUCAUGUGGGCUCUUAGGUUCCCAAACCUAAUGCUAUCAGUAUAAAGGUCUGGCUAUGUGAUACUAGAGUUUGGAAAACCUUACAUUCAUCUGAAUCACUAAGACACCA